GGAACCCUGAAUACUGUAUAUAAUGACCUUACACAUUGUGUUAGAGAGGAAAUACCAAAAGGCUAGGUAAAAAUAUGCCAUAAGACUUGGACUUAGAAAAUAUUCAUUUGAACUGUAUGAUGAAAGAAAGUUUAUUGUAAACUGUAAAUUAUAUGAAAACUACAUGGAAGUAUUCUGAAAAUGUUCUGUAUUUUGUGGAGAGAAUUGCCAAAUAUACUCUGUCUCUCUGAGAGGCUGUGUUUGUGGCGAUUCUGAAGUCUACAAUUCACAAACAUUCUACAGUUGUAUACAUAAGUAAGAGGAAGUAUGUGGUAAUUAAACACAAAGGCUUAAAUCAAGCAUAAAGAAAUAAAAGAGAAAACAAGUUGUUUUUCAUGAGUUUUGGAUUUCUAGCUCUUGGACCAGAUAAAUAUUGACACAAGGUGGACUGAAGGUCUUGAUCAUUUCUCUUCUACAGAAAGAUGGUAUCAUGGGCUGUUGUGCAAUGCUGUGUAACCACAGAUGUGUCACCGACGUGAAAUUAGACACUUCCAUUUCACGUUAUAGGCAGUUGUAAAGUUACAUGCCUUUUGGCAGCAACAUGAGGUUUGGGCAAAGAAACUCUCCUUCUCUGUGAUAUUUACGUGAUGCUAAAAUUGUGGUGUGAAUACUUUUAUAUUGAGAAGUGUUUUUAUAUUUUUAUGGAAAUUCAACAAACUCCAAGUUUCAAGUUCAAUAACAGAUCAUUAGAUCACAAAAACUAUUAGGAAUGUGGUAGUGCAGUGUUUGCAGGACCAGAAUGGAUAUCUGCAGCCCAUUUGUGUUCCAGCUCAUGUCUGUGGUGUUCACAUGGUAUUGUGAAACAUCUUUUGCCAAAAGUUGCAGUGAACAAGAGUUGACAGUCACAGGCAACGACUUGAAAAAAUGUGAGCGUUCAAGAAAUUACUGUGUCACAGACAAGAGGGACUGCAUCUCAACUCACGCAAUGCACAGUGGAUUCAUUUCUGACACAGUUGAAAACUUUAGGUGUAUUUUUAUGGAAACCCCCGAGUCUCUUACCUGCAGAUGGACGACAGAGAGGAAUGAACAUCCUGGGAAAACAAAGAGCUCUCUAAUCUUCAGCAGCACAACUGGAUUUGUAUACUGUGAGCAUAUCUUAUUCAUUGGCGCAAAGCUCAACAUCACCCUGAAGAUGCAGAACACGGUGAACAGAGAGGAAAGGCUAUCUGGACCCUACUAUGCGUACUUAAAGACAUUAGUCAAACCACCUCGUCCAGUUGUCACAGAAAUUAAGACAUUACACAAGUCUCUCAACGUGACCUGGACAACGGAAGACACCUCCAUAGGGACAUGCCAAAUCCGUUACAAACCGUACAACACUGACCUAUGGACUAAAAUAUCUGAAUUGGCACCGGUACACCAUGGGAACAAGAGGAUGUAUAUGAUUGACAUCCUUCAGCCGGGUACGCUUUAUACAGUCAGUGUGUCCUGUCUUAGCCAAUAUGGUGAGAUAUGGAGUGACUGGAGUAAGGAAUGUUCUGGAAUGACAUCAGAGUCUGCUCCAAGUUCUCCACCCCGAGUCUGCUAUCACACUGAGGAUCUCAGCUCUCAUGGAACCCACAGGAUCUUACUACUGGCAGCAGACACAGCUGUGCCUGCAGCUAGUGGCCAUGGUACUGUUCUUGGAUACAAUGUCUCCUACAUGCCCAGUUCCCAACCCCAUCUGAGGAGGACUGUAACCAGCAGCAGCCUCAAAGUCAGCCUGGUGGUAAUGAGAGGAGUGUACGACAUUGAUGUUACAGCAUUCAACAGCGCUGGAGAGUCCCCAGCACACCAUCUCAGGGUUACUACAGGGCCCCAUCACAAUGUGGCAGCGGUGCAGGGCUUGUGGGUACACUCCAAAGAUGGCAAACUGUGGGUGCAGUGGGAGACGGAGCCGGCCGUGUCUGAGUUUGCUGUGGAGAGGGUGGCUGAAGCCAACCCCAACGCCACACACUGGACACUGAUACCAGGCUCUGGCCAUGUCCUCACUGCCCUGACAGGAGACAUCGCACCCAAGCAGACUUACAACAUCAGUGUCUACCCCAUCUCUGGAGAAGACUGUGGCCCACCCAGUUCACUGCAGGCGAACCUGGAGAGUGGCGCUUUGGUGGAUGUGGUCGAUUUGAGAGUUGCCACGGUGACCAAACAGCAAGCUAUCAUCAAGUGGGCAUGGCAAAGGAAGCAGCACCAGACCAACAUUCUCCAGUACAAGCUCAUGCUCAGGAGUGAGAUAGGAACUCAGUUCAUUCUGGUCACUCCAGACAUGAGCCUGUACUCAUUCUCCUCACUGAAGGCCAACACUGAGUACUCAGUCCUUUUGUUUGUCCAGACCCAUGAGAGUAACACUUCCAAAUAUAAAGAAGACUUCACCACACCACGACUGGAUCAGCAGGAAGAGACAGCUGAGACUAUAACUGUAGUUGUUCCUCUACUCAUUCUCAUCAUUGCAGCUGGUGUUUUCUCGAUCACAUCUCAGAUUGUCUACAGAAAAUACAUCAUACUGCAGGUUGCAGACCCAGAGCAAAGUGCUGCUGCUCGCUGGCUCAUGAGCUCUCGAGUGACAGGUGAUGACCAGAAGGUGCUGCAGGUGGUGGACCUCUGUCCUAAUGAGACUAAUGAAAUACUGGUGGAAGAUGUGAACUCAAAGAAGGGUGAAAGUAUAGAUCAUGUUGGGAGUAAUGAUUGUUUGACCUUUAAAGAUAUUGCUGAAAGCCCUCCUACCCACAGCAAUGCUGAAUAUGUUCACAGUAUCCAUUUUCCUGAAAACCGUUAUCGUGAUGAAAAUGUUUGUGCCAUGGCUAAAACUGAUGUCGAUAGAAUUUCAAGACCACUGAAUGCAAGUGAUAAAGAAAACAAUGCUUUUAAAGCCAGUAUAGAGUACGUAGAAGAUAAACCUGUUUUGGCACAAGGCUGUUCUGUAGACAGUGCUCAUACCAUGAGUAACAUCUCCUCAGACAGCAUUCCUUUAAAAACUAGUAUUAUUAAUACAGAUAGCAUUCCUCAACAUUUUAAAGGUUAUGUCAGCAAUAUUCCAACAAACACCCUUUUCACAGGAAUCAUUUCCCUCCAACCUAACAAAGGCAGCUCUCUCAGUGAUCCACCUCAGGCUAGUGCACAUGAUGCAGAAGCUGCUCCAACCUGGAGCCUUCCACUCUCAGCAAUCAGUUAUGUGGGUAGCAGUCCUACUGGCUCGGCUUCAGACAACAUGGAAGCCAUUCAUCCCCACAUGGCAGAGUGCAUGGAGAGCAAGUCUCCUGUGAUAAAAGAUGGUUAUGUUUGUAUAGCUCCUAUCUCUGCUGAUGGAGAUGAGAAUGGAAGUGUUCCCCUCCUGGGCGGAGCAGCCAGUGUUACUCCCUUCACUAACCCUGGCUUCCAUGCCCGAUCCUACACACAUUACUGAAAGUCUUCCUCUACCUGUCAACACGUGUUACGUUUAUCCUGCUGAUAUAGAUUACACUGAGGGGAUUCCUUGGCCUGAUAACUCCGAGCAUGUACAGACAGGCCCUUCUGAUCACAUAAAAUCUACAGCUUCCACGUUCCCUGGCUAUUUAGAUUAUGGAAUCAACUGUCCAGGGAAUCUCGGCUCAUGACAUCCUUUCCCUAUACAUUUCAAUAUGAUUGCUUUUGCAUGUUAUAAAUGGCAUGUGUCAUUUUAUCAAAUGAGAAAUUGUGUAUAAUACAUUAAAAUGCUUUACUAGUUAUGUUGAUGAUUAUGGUUGAUAUGAAUUAUGGACGGGCUCCUGAAUUCAAGCGGAAAAGAUUGUUAUGAAGUCC